AUGAAACGCACUGCGAUAGCUGCAAACCUUUCCAGUGGAAGUCAAAAUGUCAAGAAAUCACGGCCGGCAGUACCCGAAUAUCAUUUGACACCCUCGGUAAGGGAUGAUCACGGCGAAAUUGUGUGGCCCGCGCCAGAGAAAAAGAUGGAAGCGGCGAGAUCCUUCAUUCGCGAAUGUGUUUCUGCCGGAAAGCCCACAUUGAUUGUCCCGGACAAGGAUGCCGACGGCCUCACAUCUGGGGUCAUCUUGGACCGUACCCUAGUUCUUCUUGGCCUAGAUCCAUCUCUCAUCACUGCGUACUUGCCCCCAAAGGGCCAUAACAUCCACGACGAAGCGUGCCGGGCAGAGAUGACUUCUCUCAAGCCCACCUACAUCUUCGUCCUGGACCAAGGCUCUCGUUCUUCGCCACCUCUCAUCGACGGCUUCCAUCGCGGUAUAGUCAUUGAUCAUCACCACGCACUGACAAACGACCACCCAAAAGAUGCGUUGCAUGUCACGGCCUGCGACUCCCCUCCGGUGGCGACAAGUUCUCUGCUCACGUACCUCAUCUGUCGAAGUCUCCACGAGAGCGUGCGAGAAGCUUGCGACUGGCUUUGCGUCAUGGGUACCCAUGGAGACUUGGGAAAUACCUUGAAGUGGGAGCCUCCGUUUCCCGACAUGAAGUCCACGUUCAAAACAUACACCAAAAAGGCUCUCAACGACGCCGUAUCACUCAUCAAUGCACCGAGACGAACAGCCUCAUAUGACGUUCCUUCGGCUUGGAAAGCCCUCCGUGCCUCAAAUUCUCCAAAAGAGCUGCUGAGCAACAAGUCCCUGCUGGCCGCUAGAGCAGAGGUUAACGCCGAAGUCGAGCGCUGCACUCACACGCCCCCCAAAUUUUCCGCCGACGGCCGUAUCGCCGUCUUCCGCAUCAGCUCAGAGGCCCAAGUCCACCCCGUCAUCGCCACACGCUGGGCGGGCCAUCUAUCCUCAUCCAAGCUCGAGGUUGUGUUGGUCGCCAACGAAGGAUAUCUGCCCGAUAUGGUCAACUUUUCCUGUCGUGUUCCGCGCUGUGCCCGAGCCAAGGAGCCGCCAGUCAACAUCAUUGAGGUUUUGCAGGAUGUCGCUGCUCGUGCCGAGGACACAACAUUGAGGGAGCGGCUAGGCGACUCAUUUGCGAGGGGCCAUAAGGAAGCCAGCGGCGGCAUUGUUCCAAAAGCCGAGUUCGAGGAGUUGAUGUCUGUCUUGGAGAUUGGCAAGAAAGUUGAACGAGAAUCCCCCAAAAAGGGGCAGAAGCCAGGGCAGGCGAAUACCUUGUUGAACUAUUUUGGAAAGAGUUAG